AUUUGAGCUCGCUGAAGUCAAAGUACCCCUCAUUUGGCUCGCCACACAGGGUGGCUCGCGUCGCAGGGAUGCACGUUACCAUCCUAUUUCGAAUGCCCAUCAGCAUCCUCCUUAGAAAGCCUUGUGUUACCCCUCCACACCUUCACUCCAACAACAACAACCUCUUGACAAUUCUCAACCCAGCAAAGACCGCCAUCCCCACCAUAUAUACUCCCGAUGCCAGCAAACUGGAUAACCCACACCCCCUCCCUUACCCCACUAAUUAUAACUGACGACGAUCUCGCCGAAGUCACGCCAUCCCGAGUCAACGAAUUCUUCGUAAUAGUGCAGACGGAGGUGCUUUACGGGACGACGAAGUCAGGCGGAGAGUUGCCGCAAGGACUUCACGAGGCAUUAUUGGGUUGUAAGGCAGAAGAUGUGGUAUUUGUGCUUGCCCAAGCAAUUGUGGGAGGGAGUAUGAUGGACUCGGGGUGGUUGGAAGAUUACUGGUGUAUUUGUGAGAGGGUGGCUGGGGCGUUGAGGGGUUAUCCGAAGCAGUGCGUUAGGCAGUGGAGGGGGUUGAAAGACGCGGUUGCGGGACGGUUGAAAGAAGGCAGUGGGCUGGAUCAACAAGCACGUGCAACAAGCUCAAAGGUGAAGGAAGCCGAAAACCAAAUCAAAGACAAGAAGACCAUUUUCCGGUUCCUAGAACUCCCAGAGCACAUCCGCCACCACAUCUACCAGCUCCUAAUCCCCCAUGACGUCUUAACUGUCAGCGACUGGGCCUUCGCCUCAUCCCCCAAAGCAUUCUCCAAACGAACAGAAUACGAAGUCCCAGACGAGAACAAUGAACUCCGUAGAACAACAUACGUGGUGCAUUCCUCUACACCCCCACACCCUCACCUAAACAUCAUGCUAGCCUCUCGAAUCCUCUACCAUGAAACCGUCCAAAUACUGUACGCCUCGACAUUCUCCUUCCGAGGCACAGCAUCUGGCACCCUCGCAUUCCUCCAUGACCGCAUGAAAUCCCUCUCGCGAUUGAAGCGGAUAUCAUUUCGAUAUACAACGACGUCGAAGACCGGGUUUCGCGGUUGUUUCGAUGUUGCGGGAGGAGGAACGCCGCCGUCAACAAUUAAAACGAGCUUUGUAAUUUGGCGGAAGAUUCUUAGGAUGUUGAGGCUUUCAGCUACGGCGUUGGAAGACUUUGAACUCGUUGUUGAUCAGCAUUUUUGGGAUAAGGAAAGAGUGGAGUGGAUGAAGGGCGCACAGACUGUCCUAGGUGACAGAGCGUUGUGUGAGCAGAGGUUAACUGGGAAGAACGGCCAACCGGAGAUUAAGAAUUUCUUAAGAGAAGUGUCGCAGCUGACUGGUGUAGACUUUAGACUGGUGAUUGAGGGGAUUAAGCAGGAUGAGGAGGAAGAGGUGAAGAAGGGGUUUCGGCGUGAGUUGGAGAAACUAGUCUGUAAGAAGAUGCAUGGGAGGGAGUAUGUUGCUACGAAGGGUAGCAAGUGUUCUUGUAAGAAGAGGUUGUUGAGUGAGGCUUGUGCUUGGAGGGAGGAGGGGCAAGAGGAGGAAGAGGGGGGGAAGAGGAGACUGUCAGUGGUUUGAGAGAUGGCCUACUUGUUAGCAGUCUUGGGUAUUUCAUGUGCAGGUGGUCCACGGACCUUCGAG